CGAUCGAGCGCAAAAAGACAUAUGCAAAACUAAACACAAUAUCAUACAACAGCUGACUGAUGCAUUCAUAGCGACUUGAGACAACUAACGAUGCCUUCCUGCCAAGUGGGCGGCGAUGACGAGGAGUGGAACAAUGGAUGAGUGCAUAGUGGGGGGGAGGCUUGUAGGUAUGGAAAAAGUAGGGUCGACCGGACAUAAGUGGUUGUGCCUGGAGGGAGUUAUCGACAGAAAGACAGCAACAUCGAAUGAGCAAAAAAAUAAAACAAGGACAGCGCAGCAAACAAGAAUAAGAUCAAGAGCAAAUAUGAGUCUACAUGGCAUACCCUCCUCACGCUGACAGAAAGCUUGACUCAAGUCGCACUCUACGCAAUGACAGGAGAUCUCCGCUUUUGCGGCUCAGUGUUCUCCUUUUCAUCCCGCUUGCUGAUGACGGGGCUUACCACGCUGCGGUUAUGAGUCGUAUUGGGCCUGGCUGUUCGUGAGAUCUCUGCCGGCGCGGCCGAUGAGGCUCGUCGGAGGUUGCUCACCAUGGGAGUUGAAGACGUGGAGGAAUGGGCAGCGAUGCUAGAGCGGGGAACUGAAGUCGGUGGUGACCGAGAGUGUGAGGGUGUUGGCGUAGCUGCGGACAUACGAGGUUUAACGGGAGGAGGGCCAAUCGAGCCGUUGGCACGUAAAGGUUUCGCUGUGGAAGGUGUACCGAUGAGGCCCGUGCUGGUGGAUGGGGUGCUACUUGCUGAUCCGUUGGUGCG